ACCCAGAAGACACAAUGAGCGUUAAAGCUUUCAAGCUCGUUUCUGCUGUUGAGCGGGAGAUGUUAAUGGGAGACAAAAAUUAUAUCAACAUUGAGUGCAUUGAGUGCUGUGGGAAGAACCUCUACAUUGGAACCAAUGACUGCUUUAUCUAUCACUUUAUGUUGGAUGAAAAGGUAUCAACAGCUGGAAAAAUAACUUUUGCUGCUACCAAGCAACUGCAUAAAUAUCUGGGCUUGAAGAAGCCUGUGAGCGAGUUGAAAGCAGCCUCUGCCCUCACCAGACUUCUCGUGCUUUGUGACAACACGAUAACACUAGUUAACAUGAUAAACUUGGAACCCGUCCCCACCGGUGCCAGGAUCAAAGGAGCUGUGACGUUCACGUUGAACGAGAACCCCGUGAGUGGGGAUCCGUUCUGUGUGGAGGUCUGCAUCAUCUCGGUCAAGCGUCGGACCAUUCAGAUGUUCAUGGUGUUUGAAGACAGAGUCCAGAUAGUCAAGGAAGUGUUUACUCCAGAGCAACCCUGUGCUGUGGCCGUAGAUGGAUACUACUUAUGCCUUGCACUUACUACGCAGUAUAUAAUUUUGAAUUAUAAUACUGGUGUCUCCCAGGACCUGUUUCCUUAUUGCAGUGAUGAGAAACGGCCAAUUGUGAAAAGGAUAGGCAGACAAGAGUUUCUCUUGGCUGGCCCUGGAGGCCUAGGCAUGUUUGCAACUGUAGAUGGGAUCUCACAGCGCGCCCCAGUGCACUGGUCGGAGAAUGUGAUUGGGGCAGCUUUGUGCUUUCCUUAUGUGGUGGCUCUCGAUGAUGAGUUCAUUACGGUGCACAGCAUGCUGGACCAGCAGCAAAAGCAAACCCUGCCUUUUAAAGAAGGUCACAUUCUACAGGACUUUGAAGGAAAGGUGAUUGUUGCUACGAACAAGGGUGUUUAUAUCUUGGUGCCACUACCUUUGGAAAAACAGAUUCAAGAUCUUCUAGCUAGCCACAGAGUAGAAGAAGCCCUUGUUCUAGCAAAAGGAGCUCGAAGGAAUAUUCCAAAAGAGAAAUUUCAGGUAAUGUACAAACGAAUCCUGCAGCAAGCAGGCUUUAUACAGUUUGCACAGCUUCAGUUCCUUGAAGCAAAAGAACUCUUCAGAAGCGGCCAGCUUGAUGUCCGGGAGCUGAUCUCUCUCUACCCCUUCCUGUUGCCUACUUCCUCUUCAUUUAUCCGGUCUCAUCCCCCUCUGCACGAGUACGCCGACCUAAACCAGCUGACCCAAGGGGACCAGGAGAAGAUGACAAAAUGCAAACGAUUCCUCAUGAGUUACUUGAAUGAAGUCCGCAGCACUGAGGUUGCAAAUGGCUACAAGGAGGAUAUCGACACGGCUUUACUCAAGCUAUAUGCAGAGGCAAAUCAUGAAAGCCUGCUGGACCUGCUGGUUUCAGAGAACUUUUGUCUUUUGACAGACAGUGCUGCCUGGCUGGAAAAACACAAGAAGUAUUUUGCACUUGGUCUCCUGUAUCAUUACAAUGGUCAGGAUGCUGCAGCACUUCAGUUAUGGGUGAAAAUAGUUGAUGGAGACAUUGAAGAUUCUACGCGUUCGGAUCUCUAUGAAUAUAUAGUAGACUUCCUGACAUUCUGCUCAGACCAAGACCUUGUGUGGAAGUAUUAUGAAUGGAUUUUACAAAAAAAUGAAGAGGUCGGCGUACAGAUUUUCACUAAAAGGUCUUUGGAAGAACAGGAGAAAAACAUUAAUCCAGAUGAUAUCAUCAGUUGCCUUAACAAAUAUCCUAAAGCACGUGUCAAAUAUCUAGAGCACCUGGUAUUGGAAAGAAAGAUAGAGAAAGAGAAGUACCAUACUCAUCUAGCUGUCCUGUACUUGGAGGCAAUAACUCAGCUAAAAUCUGAGACCACAGAUAAUUGUACAGAAACAACUGAACUGCUGCAUAAAUUACGUAGUUUGCUUCAGAAAUCUGAUCUUUAUAGAAUUCGCUUUAUUUUGGACAAAAUCCAGGGCACAGACCUUCAUAUGGAAAGUGCAAUUUUAUACGGGAAACUAGAAGAACAUGAGAAGGCUUUGCAUAUCCUUGUCCACGAGUUAAAGGACUUCCACGCUGCUGAAGAAUACUGCAUAUGGAACUCUGAGAACAGAGACGUGCAGUACAGGCGGAGGCUUUUCCAUAUGCUGCUGUCAGUGUAUUUAACUCCAGGCACUUCGGAUUGUGCACUAGUCAUGGCUGCUGUGGAUCUCUUGAAUAACCACGCUGCUGAAUUUGAUGCGGGUCUAGUUUUGCAGGUGGUGCCUGACAGCUGGUCAGUGCAGCUCCUCUCCCCAUUCCUGGCCGGAGCAGUGAGACAAAGCGUCCACACAAAAAGAAUGACUCAGGUUGCACUUGGCUUAGCACAGGCUGAAAACUUAAUUUACAAGCAUGAGAAGGUUAAACAGAGAGGAACCCCAAUUCUUCUUUCAGACAAAAAGGUCUGUCAGGUGUGCCAGAAUCCUUUCUGUGAGCCUGUAUUUGUAAGAUACCCAAAUGGGAGUGUGGUCCACACGCACUGUGCUGCCAACAGACAUCUGAAUUCAAAUGUGACUCAUCACUCUUCCAGCUCCAGCAAUCAGACUUGAACUGUGUUCCAGUCCCACAGGUUCCCAUGACUUCUACCCUACUGAAAGUGGGCUGGAGAGAAAGAAUGAAGUGCAGCUACUUUAAGUAUAAAUCAAGAUGGACAGCUAGUUUUUUGGGUUAAUGGGAAGACUUCCAGUAAAUAUGAAAUAUUGCCACUUAUAUUUCUGAUUUCUAAUGAAUGUAGAUAGGAAAAAAAAAAUUCACUACCAGACAUGGAGAGGUGCAAAUAUGGGCUCUUCUGUAUAUAGGAAUAAACAAUUAAAGAAAAUGAGCCUUUUCUUCACAGUGAGGAUGAAUGUUAAGGAGUCAAGGCAAACAGUUAUUUUAAGAACUGUCACUUUGCACUGAAUAUGGUGUUCAUAAGUUUGUAGAGGUGGAGAUGGCAUCUAUUGAGUUGGAAUUCUUGAAACAUGACGGGACAAGAUUGGCGUGGUGCAGCUUGCCAUCAAGACAGAAACAUGCGUCGAUUAUGUUUGCUGCAGCAUGUCUUCUUUUGGGCUGGAUUCUCUUCCCCAGGAUCACAUUAUGAACUUUUUUUUUUUCUCUACAAAAUGUUGGGUCUUGAUGCACUUUUUAGUACGUCCCUCCCAUCCACCUACUAUAUGGAAUUUAAAUGUAAGCACUGGUCUGUUAGGUUUCAGCUCCUGCAGUCACUGUAAUAAACUAAGUGGAAACUGCCAGCCUCAGUCACACAGGUGUGCUUGGAAGAAGAAAAGAAAAAGCAACAAAGAUUGUCUGGUCAGACUGUAGUCACUUUUAUAUGGGGGAAGAGACCUUAAGUUUAAUAUUGAUUUAUUUAUUAAUAUGCAAAUAUACUGUACAUACAGUUGAAUAAAUUGAUCUUAUCAUUCUAGAGUUUCUUUGGAGGACUAAGAUGUAGCUGAUACAUAACUGUACAGAUUACGUGAGAAGUGUUUGCUAUAACAUAACUUAGGCAGGUUGGAACACCAUGAGAACAGGUUUUAGUCCUUGUUGAUGACUUUGUGCAAUCAGAACCACAGAAAGAAGGUAUAAUUGGCAAGAAAUCUACAAAAGUACACUACAGGGGUACUGGAUUUGUUAUAUUCUACUAAACAUUCUGUAAAUUAAGGUUUUUCAAAUAACAACACAAACCCCUUAUUUAGUUGCUCUGAUCUGUAUUCACAUUGCUAUUUAACCAUUUUAAAUUGAUAAUUUAAAAGAAGCUGCUUCCCCCAAGAGAACUCAGAAAAAUGACAACUUUAAAUAAAAGUUAAGUAUCUCAAAGUUUAAAGCAUUUCUUUUAAUUCUGUAAAGCUCUAAUAAAUGCCAAGCUUACUGACCAGCA